AUUGUGAUAGAAUGUUGUGGCAUCCAUCGCCACAUCUCCAACCCCUUUAAUGACCACCAUACACUCGAUCACCAGCCACCUAGGCAGCAUGGACAUCAAACACGAGAUGAUUUAUCGAGACGAUGACGUGUUGCUCGUAAAAUCCGAGCCCCAGCUGUUCACCUCCAAUAACGGCUCCAUCACCGUGAGUAACCUACUCUCUACCUCCAACUUCACCACCAACACCAACAACAUUCUGGUGGCCACCACGUCGAACAUAUCUUCCUCCAACGGACUUUUACUAGCGAACAACGGACUCGGGAAUGCGGGACCAUUCAGCGGGUUCAAUAACAGUGUCGUGAGUGUCUCUCAGGCUACUAAGAGACAAAUGACUGAGGAUUUUAUGAGUUCUCCAAGUCCGGGAGCCAUUAGUGUAAGUGCGCCACCGUUAACGCCAUCUCCCGGACCACCUUCGCAACCUUAUACCGUUAUAAGUAACGGAUAUUCUUCGCCUAUGUCGUCCGGCAGCUACGAUCCUUAUAGUCCGAAUGGAAAAUUAGAACAACACCCAGAUGAAGAUAGCUCGCAUUUAGGCGCUAAAUCUUCCGACGUGAAAGAGGCAAUAUUUCCUUCAAGAAAACCGGAAACGCGUCGUCCCGGAUAUAUUAAUUCCGGAUGGCGAGCGCAGCGUACUUCUCCGAGCCCUAUUUCUCCCCGUAACGACCUUGGACCCAUAUUCCGUGUGACCCACUUCCCGGACGGAUCUCACGUCUCCUUGACAGGAUCGACGCUGAAGACUCUUGAUCGGGAGGCCCGAUGA